AUGGCGGCCGACCCGCAGAGCCAGUCGCUGGUGGACGGCACGGCGGUGGCGGCGGCGCGGCUGCCGGCGUCGUUGGACAUGCCGGAGUUCAACACCGUCGACUUCAUCAACCACCUCUUCCCCAACGGUGCUGCCCUCCCCGCGCCUCAUCUUCCCCAACGGUGCUGCUCCCCCCACCAACCUGAACCCCUCCCCUCGCUCUCCAUCCCGCCGCGGCGAGCGCGGUUAGAACCAGCGAGCGCAGCAGCCACGCGCGUUCCGCGGCGGGGGUCGUGGUCACACCAGUCGUCGUUAGCGGCGGUGGAUCCGCUCAUCCAGAAGCUGCGCAACCGCAUCCGCCGAGUCGACGCCGAGAUCCUCCUCGCCAUCCGCCAGCAGAGCACGUCAGGGUCGCAAGCCAAGGACGACCUGGCAGCCUCCAUGCGGGCCAUUGAGGAGCUGUGGGUGAAGAUGAGGGCGAUAAAGGCGAAGGCGGAGCAGAGCGAGGUGAUGGUGCAGGAGAUAUGCCGCGACAUCAAGAAGCUCGACUGCGCCAAGAAGCACAUCACCGCCACCAUCACCGCCCUCAACCGCCUCGCCAUGCUCGUGUUUGCGGUGGAUCGCCUGCAGGCGCUGGCAGCCAACCGCCAGUACCGCGAUGCCGCCGACCAGCUGCAGGCGGUGACGCAACUGUUGGCGCACUUUGAGGCGUACCGCGACAUCCCCAAGAUAGCGGAGCUGCAGGGGCGGGUGGCGGCGCUCAAGGCCACGCUCAAGUCGCACAUCUUCUCCGACUUCUCCACCCUGGGCACGCCAGUGAUGAGGGAGAACGGGCAGGUGAUGCAGCAGCUGGCGGACGCGUGUCUGGUGGUGGCGGCGCUGGACGGCGAGGGGCACGCACGGGACGAGCUCGUGCGCUCCGUGUGCAGCAAGGAGCUCACUGCGUACCAGCAGAUCUUCCAGGGCACGGACGUGGCGCGGAUGGACAAGGUGGAGAGGCGGUACGUGUGGGUGAAGAGGCAGAUGAAGCUGAACGAGGACGUGUGGCGCAUCUUCCCACCCGCCUGGCACGUGCAGCGCCUCCUCUGCUCGCACUUCUGCCGCAUCACCCGGGCGCAGUUGAAGGAGCAGCUGGACGGAUCCAAGGACAGACCAGAUGUCACCACGCUCUUGCAGGCGUUGGAGCGCACGUUGGAGUUUGAGGACGACCUGGCCAAGCGCUUCCCCCCCGCGCCUGCCGCGGGCGCUGCCUCGCCCUCCUCGCCUGCUGCCGCUGCCCCCGCUGCUGGCGCCACUGAUGUGGAUUUUCAGUUCCAAGGGGCCAUCUCAUCGUGCUUUGAGCCGCACCUGGGGGUGUAUGUGGACCUCGAGGAGCGCACACUAGUGGACACACUUGACAAGCUUGUGCAGGAGGAGACAUGGGAGGCGGAGGAAGGCAGCCAAACCAAUAUCCUGCGCAGCAGCUCAGAGAUGUUUCUGGCGAUCCGCAAGAGCUUCAACCGCUGCUGCCAGCUCACCAGGAAGCAAACGCUGCUCAGCCUCUUCCAGGUGUUCAAGCGUGUGCUGCGGCAGUACGCGGCGCGCCUCAGCGCCCGCCUGCCCCGCGCUGCCCAACCCACCGCAGGGGGCGAGUGGCAAGUCAAGAUGACAGAGAAGGAUGAGCGAGUGGUGUGCUACAUCAUCAACACAGCCGAGUACUGCCAUGAGACGGCGGCCCAGCUGGCGGAGAGUGUGGCGAACCGCAUCGAUGCGGCGCUGGUGGGGUCCGUCGACAUCAGCGACGAGCAGGAGGAGUUUUCAAGCGCCAUCACGCGCGCGCUGGCAGUGCUGGUGGCGGGGCUGGAGGGGCGGCUGGACGGCGAGCUGGACCGCAUGGCGCGCAUGCCCUGGAGCACCCUUGAGUCCGUGGGCGACCAAUCCGAGUUCGUGAACAAUCUGAGCGCCAUCUGCUCCAACUCCAUCCCCAUGCUCGCAGGGCUGCUCUCGCCGCUGCACUUCCACUUCUUCCUCGAUAAGCUGGCAGCGUCAUUCGGCCCGCGCUACUACGCCACGGUCUUCAAGGCCAAACGCCUCUCCGGCACCGGCGCCCAGCAGAUGCUGCUGGACACGCACGGCAUCAAGACCAUUCUGCUCGAGCUGCCUGCACUGGGGGGCCUCGCGGCCACAGCAGCGUACAGCAAGUAUGUGACGCGCGAGAUGGGGCGAUCAGAGGCGCUGCUCAAGGUGGUGCUAGCGCCACAGGAGAACCUGGUGGACACGUACCGCACGCUGCUGCCCGAUGGCUCCGCUGCUGACUUCCUGCGCACACUCGACCUCAAGGGAGUGAAGAAGCCAGAGCAGCAGCCACUGGUAGACGCGCUCACAGCCAAGCUCAGAGCAGCAGCGCCCACUCAGGCCCCGCCCUCCAAGUCCCCCACCUCCUCCGCGGCACCCUCCACCUCCACCGCCUCUCACCCACUGCCUGCCACGGCUGCUGCCGCUCCCCCAGCUGCCACAGCCACCGCUGCUGCCGCUGCAGCAGCAGGCAUGCUGACGAGCGCUGCCAGCCGCGAGGCCAUGAUAGCGCGGGCGGCAGCGCUGGGGCGGGGAGCCAUGGCGCAGUCAGCGGCGGCGGCAGCAGCGGUGUCGCAGAACACGGCGCUGAAACGCAUCUUUGCCCUCGCUGAUUCCUCCACCGCCAGUGCGUCCAAGAAAGACAUGUCCUUCCGCUCCCUCUUCAAUGCUUAG